UGGCAGAAAAAGCGGGGAAGAGUCUGAGGUUGGCCGAGGAUUUCAGCUCUAAAGGCGAAGGGAGACGCUCCCUCGUCGUGUCGGUUUAACUGAGGAUUUGAGAGAGACUGAGCAGGUCGCAUGCGGCUAAGAUGGAUAUAACGACUGCGGUGUUUAACGCGGCGAGAGACGGCAAACUGAAACUUAUCCAGAAGUUGCUGAGCAACAAAACUCCCGAGGAGUUAGAGGCGCUGGCCGAGGAGAAGACUCAGGGAGGUACGCCGCUCCUCAUAGCCUCCAGGUACGGACACCUGGAAGUGGUGAACUACUUACUCGAGCACUGUAAGGCUAACGUGGAGCUCGGGGGCUCCGUUAAUUUUGAUGGCGAGACGAUUGAGGGAGCCCCUCCGCUGUGGGCGGCUUCUGCCGCGGGGCACCUGCCCGUCGUCAAAACUCUGCUUAAACACGGUGCCUCGGUGAAUAACACGACGCUGACCAACUCUACGCCGCUGAGGGCUGCCUGCUUCGACGGGCACCUUGAGAUCGUGCGCUACCUCGUUGAACAUGAGGCAGACAUGGAGGUAGCCAACCGUCACGGCCACACUUGCCUGAUGAUCUCGUGUUAUAAGGGCCACAGAGAAAUCGCCAAGUUUCUCCUGGAGCGAGGGGCCGACGUGAACCGCAAGAGCGUGAAGGGCAAUACAGCCUUGCACGACUGCGCCGAGUCAGGUAGCUUGGAGAUCAUGAAGAUGUUGCUUAAAUGUAAUGCCCGCAUGGAAAAAGAUGGCUAUGGGAUGACCCCGCUGUUGGCUGCCAGUGUCACCGGCCACACCAACAUAGUGGAAUACCUGGUCCACCAACCUAGAGCCUCCAGAGAGGAGCGCAUUGAUGCCCUGGAACUGUUGGGGGCCACCUUCGUGGAUAAAAAGCGCGAUCUUCUGGGCGCCAUGCGCUACUGGAGGAGGGCCAUGGAGCUCCGGCAAGCCGGGGACAGAGUGAGUUUCCUGGCCAAACCUCCUCCAGGGCCCCCUGUUCCAGCGUAUGACUGUGCCAGAGAGGUGAGCACGUCAGAGGAGCUGGAGGCCCUCAUCACAGACCCAGACGAGAUGAGGAUGCAGGCCUUGCUCGUGAGGGAGCGCAUCCUGGGGCCUUCGCACCCGGACACCUCCUACUACAUCCGCUACAGGGGAGCUGUCUACGCUGACUCGGGCAACUUCGAGCGCUGCAUCAGCCUGUGGAAGUAUGCGCUGGAUAUGCAGCAGAGCAACCUGGACCCUCUGAGCCCCAUGACUGCUAGCAGCUUCCUGUCGUUUGCUGAGCUCUUUUCCUUUGUGCUCCAGGACCGUGCCAAGGGCGCGCUGGCAACGCGGGUCACCUUCCAAGACCUCAUGGGUGUCCUGACCAAGGGCGUGCGGGAGGUUGAGCGUGCUAUAGCACAGCGGGACAGCCCUCCAGAGGCACCACAGUUCACCAAAGCCCUCUCCAUCAUCCUUCACCUCAUCUUCCUGCUGGAGAAGCUGGAGUGCAGCCCAACACAGGAGCAUCAUAAGAAGCAGACUGUCUACCGGCUACUCAAGCUGAAUCCCAGAGGCAGGAAUGGCUUCACGCCGCUCCACAUGGCUGUGGACAAGGACACCACCUCGGUGGGGCGGUAUCCCGUGGGGCGGUUCCCGUCUUUGGCCGUGGCCAGCCUGCUUCUGGAGUGUGGCGCUGAUGUGGACUCGCGUGACUGCGAAAACAAUACUCCUCUACACGUGGCGGCUGCUAAUGGCUGCCCGGAGAUCAUGGCGCUGCUGAUCAGCUCGGGGGCGCACUUCGACGCCACCAACUCAAGGCGCAAGACGGCCUACGAGUUGCUGGAGGAGCAGGGCGGUGGGAGGCACGCGCUGCACCCUCUAAACUAUGUCACUCUGCAGUGCUUGGCUGCCCGAGCUGUGGAGCGACACAGACUGCCCUACAAGGGGCUCAUCUCUGAGGAAAUGGAGGCCUUCAUCGAGCUGCACUGACCUCAUUUCAUCUUCCUUCUUUUUUUUUUUUUUUUUUGACCCCUCCAGAUCUGUUCAUCACCUCCCUCCCACCUUAUGAUGUCCCUCUCUGUUUCCCUCUUUUUCCUUCCUCUACUGUUUACUGCAGACUCAACCUGAAGCCUCCACCUACCAGUCCUCUCACAUUGCUCAGGCUUUAGUCUAAAUCACAGCAAUAAUCCCAGGCUACUAAUCGCAACUAAGGAAAGAUUUGUACUUUCAGCGGCUGCUGACGUGCGUGUGUGUGUGCGCGCGAAUGAGACUUUCCCCACUAUGCCUGCCUGCCUGCCUGCCUGCCUCCCUCCCUGCCUUUAAGGGCUUGUUGAAAAGAAUAAAGAACUGAAGACACUUUGAUGUGCCAAGAUACUUUUUGCGGUUUGCCGGCGGGGAAAAGACUUUUAGGUUUAACUUGGGCUUCAUCUGUAAUCUCCCACUUAUUGUCCUGCCUCUUUAUGAGGAGGAUAAGAACAAUGUUUUGCCUGUUUGUAUUCGUUUAUAUUUGAAUGGCUCAUUUUUAAGACGAGGUCAGAAGCUGCAUCUUUAUUAAGACUAAAUACGUUUUGCUGAUUUACUGCACGGGCGCAAGUGAAUGAAGAGAGGCAUGGAUAGUACAUUUUUAUGCGCUCUCUUUUUAAUGCAAGAUGAUGCCCUAUAGAGUAAGCAUUACUGAAGUUUUUAUCUCUCUCGUUACCUUCUGUCAUCACGUGUCAUAACAUGAUAGUUUUAUUGAACUCAUGUUAUAAUAUCAGUGGAGUAGGCCUGUAGGGUGAUCCCUCUCGUGCCAAAUAGUAGCCUUACAUUUCCAAGCCUACUUGAUGUGUUUGGCUUUUAAAGCACUAGGCACUGAUGUUUGUUUUUUAUUUUAUUUUUUUCCUUUUUUUUUUUUUUUUUUUUUUGAAGGGAACAGUUGAACCAGGCACUGCUAAUGGGGCUAACAAGGAAUGAAUGCCAGUGUUGCUAUGCUGGUGAUGUCAUGCCUGCUGCAAUCAUCGCUUAUUUAUUGUUAAACACAUUAGCGUGGUCUGUUAAAUUGUCCCUUUUAAAGACUAUGGGGGUGAUGGUGGGACAAAUACUUUGGCCUCUGGAACAUCUGCACAGUGUUUUGCACUUCGUUUACCAAGUUUAUGUUUCUCCUCAGCCACGAGAGCAGACAUGGCUCUGUGCUUUUUCCCUCCUUUGUGAAUUGACUAUAACAUUUAGGACUUGGCACUUUACUCAGUACAACAACAAUUGUAUUUGUUGGCUGUGGACACUAUAUCUAUGCAGUUUUAUCACCAGAGGUGGAUUCAGAGAGACAGAAUUGGCAACCCAGGUUGCUAGCUACAUAUGCCUCGUAGUCUUACUUCGGAUUGUCUUUCAUUUUCUUUGACGACCCUGUUCUCUGUAUCAGCUUUACAUUCAUGCUGGUCUCUGUUGUUUUUCUCUGCAGAUUCUACUCAAAAUGAAAGCACUUUGAAAUAUGCUAACAGUACUUGGCCUCUAAACCUGAGACUGUUCUCUCAGUAACUACAUCUACAUCUGGUUUGAUUUAAUUUAAGUUUACUUCAGGACAGAAAUGUGUUUGGCGAUGCCUGAAUAAAAUUCACGUAUCCCGUUA